AUGAUGGACCCUCUCUCAUUAUUCAUUAGAAUCUGGCAUACUGUAGUUUGUUGUAUCGGAUUCGUUUUGAAUGGUCUUCUCAUUUAUUUGUGCAUCUUCAAAUCACCGAAAUCUCUCCAAACAUACGCAACAUUUAUUAUAAACUUUGCGUUGAAUGAUUUAGUGGAGUGUUUUUUCGAUAUGUUUCUUGCUUAUCGAGUUGUUCCAACUCCUGGAACUUUUGUUAUAUUUUUUGUUUAUAAUGGUUUCUGCACUUAUAUUGGUCAAGGAUUUUGUAAGAUUGGGUGAGCUUAAUUAAGUAUCUGUUAAACGCGGAAUCUUUCUUUUCAGAAACAGUAUAUUUCUUCAUUGUUUACCACAUGGACUAUGGUCUCUUUUGGUUUCUUUCGCUUAUCGUCUGUAUAUAUUUUCUCAUCCAGCAUUAUCUCGAAAGCAAAUCAUUCAAAUGUUACUGAUUGUCUACAUUCCUUCAUUUGCUCAAAUAUUUCUUUUCGCUCCAAAUUUCAGUGAUCAAGAAACAGCUCAAAGUCGAGCACUGGUUUAUAUUCCUCAAUAUGAUUUAAAAAAUAAAACAAUUUCAUCAAUGUCCGGAAUCGGAAAUUGGUCAGCAAUGUAUUCAUUAAUUCAUAUUUGUGCCCCAAUUUAUCCGGCUUAUAUCGCUAUUUUUAUAAUUCGUCGGAAAAUAAUUCAAAAACUUGAAUCAGUUGAAAUAAUAUCGAAGGAGACAAAAUCAAUGCAUCAACAAUUAUUGAAAUGUCUAACUUUCCAAGCCAUUAUUCCAGUUUUUCUUUUAGUCGGAGUUUGUUUAUAUCUCAUGUGUCAAUUCGCGAUUUUUAGUCAUCCAAUUUUGGAAAACGCAGUCUUUUGUAUUGCUAUUAUGAUGCCAGUUUUAUCUCCAGUUACUUAUUUGUAUUUCGUUCGACCUUAUCGAAUGUUUUUCAAGAAAUCGAAUGAUGUUGUGAAUAAAUUCGCUGACACUUCGAAAAAUACAACUUCCCAAAGUUGA